UAAUUAUAUCUUCUAGAGGUAAUUAAAGAGGCAGAUUCUAUCCAUUUUUAAAUUUCACCUUUUACAUAUUUGCAUAGUAAUUGGAAGCUUAAAUUUCUUAAAAGUUUAAAAUAUGGCUCAAAUUAAAAAAGUAGCAAUUAUUGGAUCAGGAAACUGGGGGACCGUUAUAGCGAGGAUUAUCGGGGAGAACGUUAAGAAACACGCCGACAAGUUUGACAACACGGUUAAAAUGUACGUUUACGAGGAGGUUGUCAAUAACCGAAAACUGACUGAGAUCCUCAACUCAGAUCACGAGAACGUCAAGUACCUACCCGGUUACAAAAUUCCCCUCAACGUCGUAGCCACGCCUCUAAUCGACGAAGCCGUCAAAGACGCCGACCUCUUGAUCUUCGUUAUGCCUCACCAAUUUAUUCGCGCCAUAUGCAAACCCAUGGUGCCGCACGUCAAGCCCUCCGCCAUUGGCUUGUCUCUCAUAAAGGGUUUAGAUUUCCAAGACGGUAAGACCUUGCUAGUCACGGACAUGAUAAAAUCUUCCCUAACCUCGCUCAACAUGAGCGUACUCAUGGGCGCUAACUUGGCACCAGAAAUCGCCGCGGAAAAAUUUUGCGAAACUACCAUCGGAACCAACAAUAUGGAGAACGGGGAAAUUUUCAAAUUGCUUUGUCAAACUCCUUAUUUCCGGAUAACUGUCGUGGAGGACAUGGAAACCGUGGAAUUGUGCGGGGCACUCAAAAAUAUAGUAGCAUUUGGGGCCGGUGUCAUAGAUGGGCUCGAGUACGGAGACAACACCAAAGCCGCCGAAAUUAGAUUGGGACUGAUGGAAAUGGUAAAAUUUUGCAAGAUGAAAUAUCCGACCUCGUCCCAUUUGAAGACCUUCUUCGAAAGUUGCGGCAUCGCCGAUCUUAUAACGACCUGUUACGGAGGCAGGAAUAGGAAAGUCGGGGAAGCCUUCGUCAAAACCGGAAAAAAAAUCGAAGAGCUGGAACUCGAGAUGCUGAACGGGCAGAAGUUACAGGGACCUCAUACUGCCUUGGACGUUUAUAAGGAAUUGGAGGCUUCUAACCUGCUCAAGGAAUUUCCGAUAUUUACCGGCAUCCAUUUAAUUUGCGUCGGUAAAAAGGAACCCUCUUACAUCAUAGAGACCCUUCAGGAACACCCCAAGGUCGAUGUAUUGUAUGAUAAAAACUGACGGAAUGCAUUCAUCAUCCCCAAGGAAAAAAUAUUUAAACAAAUUUAUUAAUAUUAUUAUUAUUUAAAAAAAUAACGAUUUUUAUAUUUUGUGAUUAUUUUAGCAAAUUCAAAAUUGUCAUUUUUUUUAUUAUGGUGAAAAUUCUCAAAAUUUAUAGCUUUUAAGCAUAUUCUCAUACACUCUGUGAUUUAUAUUUUAAAAAUUUUUUAUGCCGCCAUUGACCCCCUCCCUCCUCAUUCACAAUUAGCGUGAAUCGUUGUUAAUUAUUCGAAAUUCGCACCGAAAAACGCAAAAAUACGGCGUACUUUGUAUAACUCGCCGCGAAUUCGUUCUAACUGUGACUUGUAGUAAGACUUCAUUAAUUAUUAAAAAUUUGGCGAUAUUCGGAAGAAAAAAACGCACAAAAUUCGUGAUUUUGGUCCAGGUAUACACGAUGCAAGAUAAUAUGAAAUCUUACCUUUUUGCCCAUUCUACCCUUUCAUAGAAAAGAUGACAUUUUUGAUGAUUUUUAAAAAAAAUAUAACCUGGUCUUCAUGAAAGAAUAAAAGUAAACUAAUAAACUUUAGAUAUUUUUUUUUUAUCGAUCACGCCACAACCACCCUAAACCGGUUACCAACAUUACUUUUAAUUUUUGUAUUGAGAUACAAUACUUCCAAAUGUAGCGCUUCUCAACAAAAAAAUUAUAUAUAUAUAUAUUUUACUUAAUCAUUAUUAAAAAAUAGAGAAAUGUUUUCAUAUUAUUUUACAAAUCCAAAUUGUAGAUUUAUUAUUUUUGCAAUAAUUUUAUAAAAUAAAUUACAUUCUUAAAAGUUUCAUUUCACGAAA